AUGCCACAGACACCUGAAGCCCAAGCUUUCAUCGCGCGUAUAGAGCGGCUUCCUCGCGGUGCUGGCUCGAACGAUGCUCUUGUCCAAGCACUUCAGCCGUCUUUGAACGAUGAAGCAGAGCUCCGCAAGCUGUUCACUGCCGACAAGGGCAACGCACGCCUCAAAGGCCCCUAUGUUGGCCUAGUCGAUGUCUUCGACGCACCUAGCGAUGUCCGAACGACUCGGGCACGGGUUGUUGCGAACGAAGACGAUCUGUCAGCCCGCUAUAUCCUACCUCUGUCCACUAAGCAGCGCCGCAAAGAGGGUGAAGCCGCGAUGGUGCCCGACCUAGACGAUUUCAAGAAGAACUGGGCGAUCUUCUCUGAGGGCUCUCUUUCCCAGCUCAACGACUGGAGCAACGUCGUCGUGGCCGGAGGCUCCGUUCUGGCGUGCCUCCUGCCCUUGCCUGACUCCGCGAAGACCUCCAAGCGCGCCAUGCGCAAGCACUUCCACACCAACGCGUUCCCGACGUCCGACAUCGACAUCUUUCUCUACGGGCUCACGCCAGCACAGGCCGAGGCGAAGAUGCAGGUCAUCUACGAGGCCGUGCGCGACUCAGUCCCAUGGGACGUGACAUGCAUCCGCACUACGCAUACGGUCUCGAUCCAUUCGCAGUACCCGUACCGGUCGGUUCAGAUCGUCUUGCGCCUGUACGCCUCUCCGGCGGAAAUCCUGGCUGGCUUCGACGUCGAUGCGCCGUGCUGCCUGUUCGACGGCGAGCGCGUCUGGGCAAGUCCGCGCGCGAUCGUAGCGAUGAUGCGGCAGUGCAACACCAUCGACACGACGCGCCGCUCGCCUUCCUAUGAAGUCCGCUUGACAAAGUACGCAGCGCGCGGAUUCGAAGUGGAGGUUCCCAGCCUCCGCAGGGGCGACAUCGACCCAACCAUAUUCGAACGAUCAAUCGUUCGUGUUCUAGGCUUGGGGCGGCUACUUGUGCUCGAACGCCUCGCGGACACGAACGCCAAGACAGAGUACCUUUCGGACCGACGCUCUCUUCGCGCCCGCCCUGCGGCGGUUGGAGUUUGGAGGGCCCGCCGGAAGCAGGAGAAGGGUAACCUGAAGGCCAACAUCGACCUCGGGGGUUUGCAGAUGAACGAUUAUGACGUCCAGGUCCUUCACAUCCCGUAUGGCCCUGGCUGGGACGCGAGACGUAUUGACAAGCUGGUAUACCAAACAGAUCUAGGCAUGAACUCCCCGUACAACCCCAAGAACAAGGAUCGACGUCUUCAUCGUCACCCUGCAUUCUUUGGUACUAUGGCAGAGUGUCUGGAGGACUGCUGCGAGUGCUGUGUCGAGCCCAAGAACGAUGAAGAGAAGAAGAUACAAGAGACCGAGGACGAUACUUACGUCCGCGGACGUAUUCAAUUCAUCGAAGAGAACCCUGGGCGCCAGAGCCUCUCGGGUAGCUUCAAUCCGAUAGACGAUGGCGAAUGGUCCGAGCAGGCCUACAUGGGUGCCACUGAGAGGCUCUUCAACAGCAUCGUCAUGGGAGAUCGUUCAGCAGUCGCAAAAAUCCUCGCCGAAGAGGACAUGACUGUUGACCGGCGCGACCAUGUCGGCCGCACACCCCUGCAGGUCGCUAUCCUCUCUAAGGAAGAGGAUAUCGCGUGCGACUUGGUCGACGCUGGGGCGCGCAUGACCCUGCGCCUCGUCGAUGGUCGCACGGCGCUGCACCUCGCUGCCCAGGCCGACCUACCUGUCGUCGUUCGCAGGUUACUCGAGCGUAGUGCGAUGAAUGCGGAGAAGGCUAAGGAGGAGGAGGCGGCAAAGAAGGCGCAGGAGGAGGCUCAAAAGACGCAGAAGGAAGAGACGAUGUCCGAAGAUAACUCUGGAGUAACGGGGGGAAACGAGGACGACGAGGAUGAUGAACAUGAGAGCAGUGAAGACGACUGGUCUUCCGAGGACGACUCAAACAAGGACAAGGGUGCAACGGCGCUGAAGACCGAUCACGAUGCGAGCCUGAUUCCGGAGGAUGAGGAGGACGUUCCCGACGUCGUCGACGUCAACCUCCCCGACUGGGACUACGGGUUGACGCCUCUGCACUACGCGGUCGUCUUCGGGUCGCUGUCUGUGAUGGACGAGCUGCUCGCCGCCGGGGCAGACCCGAAGCUCGCAACUCAAGCCGAUCGCCACUCAGAACCCCUCCACCCUCUCACUAUAACUACCUUCACGCGAGACGUCGAUGUCGCGUGCGCCGCUGCGAAAAAGCUGAUCGCAAGCGGCGCCAUAUCAUCCGAGGCGGACGACAACCUGUUCACAAUCUUCCACAAGAUCGUCUGCGCUAGUCGACCUGCCCUCGUUGAGACGCUCCUGAACCAUGAUCCCAAUGCCAAAGCCGUCCUGGACUCUCCCCACAUGGUGACGUAUCAGUGGCAGGCGAUGUUCCCAAUCGUCUCUGCUAUUGCGAAGGGCGACCAUACGUCCGCGGCCAUCCUCCUUGCGUACGGCGCCAAGAUCUCCCUCUCGGAGGAUCAUUUCCAGCGUGCUCGUGAGCUCAAGAAAUACACGUGGGUGCUCACGAACGCCGACUGGAGAGGGGACGUGUACUUCCCGGUCGAGGUGUCUCUCGCAUGCCUCGACGGGAUCCUGGGUCUACUCCUCGACAUCGGGGCGGAGUAUAAUGUCGACAUCCAGACGGAAUGCAACAACUCGGACUCCAACACGCACAUCGCUAUUCUCGACUACGUCCGGGCAGUCAUCCCCGCUCUAGAAAGAGAAGCAGACACGUAUUUCAAAAGAGCCGAAGAGAAAGCGGAGCGCGUGAGGUUUCGCGAGCUUGCUGCCCUCCCCGGCUGGCAGGGCGCGCGGGGCACAGAGCUGCUCAAGUGGUCGGCGACGCUGCAGACGUACAAGGACGACGUCAAGGAGUUCUCGAAGAAGGCGGAGAAGUACCUCAGCAUGGUUCCGUACUUCCGCGAGGCGGAAGAGAUCCUGGUGGCCCAUGGCGCGAAGUCGACGAAGGAGAUAUUUGGGCCCGAUACCCAAGUCAAUACCAGCUUCCAUCCAAGCAAUAUGUGGGGCAUUCCGCAGUAUCCCGCUAUCGUGUCAUACCAGAAGAUGACGGGCCCUCGAUCGUUCGACGAUAUCCCCAAUCAGCUAACUAGCUCGUACGACGACCUCUUCGAGGCGUGCCGCGUUGGCGACAAUGCGAAGGUUCAAGCACUGUGCCUCCCAAAGGAGGGGAAGGGAAAGUCCAAUACAAAGCUCCUUCAGAUAACGUCUACUUUCUUGAACAAUCAGCGUGGUCCGAGUCCGCUGUCUAUCGCUUUGAACAACCGCCAAUGGGAUACCGCUCGUCUCGUCCUCGCCAUUGCCGUCGCCCAGUAUAAGCCGAAGGCUGAGAAUCAGUCGAAGUUCGUCGUGAGGAGCGUAGUUUUGGAGAUCGACGAUUCUGACCACGAUUCCGAGUGUGACAGCGAUGAGGAAGAAUCCGCACGCGAGAUCAAUUUCGUCGAUAUCGCUCACAGGCCGUCAGAGGUGCAAACCGAUGCGCCCCCCUCACGACUGCUCGAGUUAGAUGACUGGGUAUACCAUGCUAAGGAUGACAGCUGGCACUCAGGCCCCCCUCCGCUCAAGGCCGUGGUAGAGGACGACUUUGAGAUGUUUGUGCAGAUCGUCGAUCUUUACAAAGCCCUCCCCAAACCGCUCGAUAUUCCCGCCGACGCCAUCACCUGGGUCUGCAAGUUCGAUAGGCGGGCCAUGUUGGAUGAGCUCAUUCGCCGCCUAGGAGCCGGGAUCGAGCUCCCGGAGUCGCUCAACGAGUCGGAAGCCGAGGACGUCUCGCACUCGCGGCAUACACCUUCCUCAGCGAGGAUUUACAUGGGUCUCAACGUGCACGGAAAAAAGCGCAAGGACCUUGCGGAGAAGGCUAAUCCUCAUGCACCUAAAUCCACGAAGCGCUCGGAGGUCCCACUCUUGUGGAUAGCCGCGCACGCAAAUGCGGUGGGCGUCAUGCAGUACCUCGCGUCGGACCGUCCGCUUGCCGCAUAUGACUACUUUACGUCGACGAACAACGAGGAGAAGGCCAAGUACCUCCGCCGAAUUCGUGGCCAAAUUCGCGAUCGGCUUGGCUGGGCCAACAACGAGCUGAAUGAAUCUGCGGUCACCGCGGCGGUCAUCGGCGGCCACCUCAGCGCCGUCAAGGAGGUGCUUGCACUUCAGCCGGCGACGAUGCAGAACGCGCUAAUGUCCCGCAUUCACUUCGUCGGUUUCAAUCACAUCCUUGUGGCGGCGAACUGGGGUUGCCCCCCGGAGAUGUUCGAUUAUCUCCUGUCCAAUGGUGUCCCAUAUACGGAGACUGAUAUGCGCGGGUGGAACAUCUACCACAUCCUUUGUGUCCGCAACUUUGGUGGCACUUCCAAGGCUCACCUGACGCUCCUCAAGCAUGUUCUGCAGAAGCUACCCCGAGACGUCACCGCAGGCAUGCUCCUGCAGCAGUCCAAAGGCGCUCUCAACACUCCUCUUCACAUCGCUGUCAAACGGAAGUGUCUUCCGGCGGUCCGACUGCUUGUCGAGUUCGACGCUCCCAUGUUCGCGCUUCGCGACAAGUCCGGCUCGACUCCUCUACACUUUGCAGUCAAGGCCGGCCUCCAUGAGAUCGCGCGCCCCGUCGGCGACGCCGGCCCCGCGGAGGUGCUGCAUCUCGAAGACGGGGUCGGCAACACCCCCUUGGAGACCGCCACCCAGCUGUGGCUCCAGCAUCAGACUCGCACGACGUAUUCGGAGUUCCCGUACAUGGCGCCGACCGUGGACCCAUUGACGCGGGUGAUCAGGGACUAUGAGUGGGACCGCAAGCGUGUCAGGAAAUCAUCCGCAGCGGAUGUGGCGCAGCUGAAGGACACGAUCGAACGUCUCGUCGCGAACGGCCGUCUGCGGAGGGGAACGAAGCUCGCCACUGCGCUCGACGCGUUCGCUGAGACGAUGGACGACAAGGCCAAGCUGCGCGCGAAGGAGGAAGAGGAGGCGAAGAAGACUGAGAGUCUGAGCGAUCCUGAGUCGGAGGAGUUGACACCUGCCAACUGGAUGAGCGACGUCUUCAAGACGUUCGAGUACAUCGUCGGCGCGGUUGCCGCACGGCCGGCGCGUCGUGGGUUGGUCCACCUGGACGACGUCUUGCGAUCUGUGAAAGCUAGCUUGGACCGGUCCGAGAUUCAAGGCAAGAAAUACAAGAAUCACGACAAUGACGGGCUGGAGCUCGAAGCGGAGGUCGUGGAAGACGAGAACACAAAGAGACAGAAACACAGUCUCGUAGCUCACUUCCAUUUGGAGCCGACUAUGUCCCUGUUCGAGGCGGAUUGUCUGUAG